AUGGAAUCAGAUUUACUUGCUGAAUGGGACAAUAUUGACUUCGAGAAGCGCAGUAUAGAUAAACAACAGAGAGAAAAACUUAAAGAAGCUAAAAAAUCAUUGAAAAAAUAUCUUGAUUCCAAAUAUAAACAAAGUAAAUCAACGUUAUUUCUUCAAAGAAAAUGCAGAGACUUGAAAAAUGAUAUGAAUAAUACUCUAUUUCUAUUAGAUAUGAAUGAGGCUACACUCAAGCUUUGCAAUAACAAAUAUACUUCCGAAAAUUUAAGACUCAAAGCAUUGAUUUCCAGAUCUGAAGCUAGCGAAUAUCUCCUUAAUACAAUGUUUAAGAAAUUAAAGGAUGAUCAAUUAAAACAGCACCAACAAUCAGAAAAAGAAUUUCAUGAUCAAUGUGAACUAGAACUUAAGAAACUUAAAGAAGAAAUUACCACAAAGAAACUUGAAUGCAAGAAAUACCAAACAGAACUUGAUAAAGCUCAGAGUUCUAUUAUGAUGACUAGGCAGAAGAUGCAGAAUUAUGAGGAAAAUAUAGAAUAUGAAGGACUUCAAAAUGAAUUGAAGAAUAUUGAGGCAGAUAUAACAAUUAGGAAGCGUGAAAUUGAUGCAUUAGCAAAGGAGAAACAACAAAAUCAGGGAUUUAAGCAGAACUCGUCAUCGGUAUCGGAAUCUCAGAGUUCCUCUUAUUUUUCACCAAAUGAAAAUCAAGAUUUUAAUCGCUUUGUGCCAGACAGAAAACCAUUAGUUUCUAGCUUUAGACAGCCACUCAAUAAACCAAAGCUCGGAUUCUCAACCAAAUUCCGCCUUUAA